GUUCCGUGCCUGCCACGCAACUGUCAAAAGUGUCAAAUCAUCGAGCGCGUGAACUGUCAAAAAUAAAUGUGGUCACAUUUUGGACUUUUGAGUGGGUCCUGUUUUUGAUAUUUUUAAUAUCGUAAUUUGAAAAAAUGGCAGCGGUAAAGACCGAAAUGAAAGAAGAAACCACUGAAGACCAAGAAAAUGAACUGGACGAGGUUGAAAACGAUCACACCGAGGAGGCCAAGAAAAAGAAGAAGAAGAAAAAGAAAAAUAAGUCCGCUGGAGACAGUGCUAUAGGCAAAAUAGAAGGCGAAGAAAAAGCUUCAACAACUGCAGCUGACAUUCCAGCAGAAAAUGGUGCUGCUGAAGCAGCUGAAGGUGGAGAUGCGGAGAAGAAGAAGAAAAAACGUAAUAGGAAGAAGGGAGGAAAGCCUCAGCAGACUGAUCCUCCUACUGUACCCAUAGUGGAUCUCUAUCCAGACGGGGUGUUUCCAAUUGGGGAGAUUGAAGAGUAUGCUCCUGGGAAGGAUGACAGGACUGCUGUCAAUAGAAUGACAUCGGAAGAAAAGCGUGCCAUGGAUAGGAUGCAUAAUGACAUUUACAAUGAAGUCAGGUUAGCUGCUGAAGCUCACAGACAGACAAGAAAGCACAUUCAAAAAUUUAUCAAACCAGGUAUGACCAUGAUAGAGAUUUGUGAGGAAUUGGAGAAUACAGCAAGAAAAUUGAUUGGUGAAAAUGGGUUGAAGGCAGGUUUAGCUUUCCCUACAGGCUGUUCACGGAAUCAUUGCGCCGCUCAUUAUACGCCAAACGCCGGCGAUCCGACAGUUUUUGAAUACGACGAUGUGGUGAAGAUUGAUUUCGGGACACAUAUCAACGGUCGGAUCAUUGAUUGCGCGUUCACGCAUACUUUCAAUCCGAAAUAUGAUAAAUUGGUGGAAGCCGUCAGGGACGCUACUAAUACUGGGAUCAAAGCAGCAGGUAUCGACGUUCAGCUGUGCGAUAUUGGCGCUCAGAUUCAGGAAGUGAUGGAGUCGUAUGAAGUGGAACUCGAUGGCAAAACCUACCAAGUUAAAUCAAUCCGGAACCUGAACGGUCAUUCUAUUUCGCCAUACAGUAAGUAAUGGUUUAUUUAGGCCCACAUUUGCAGUCGACCCUCGAGGGUUGGUCAGCCCUCGAGUGAUCCCCAAGUGGAGAUUUAAUAUCUGCAUUUCACAAUAGGCUGUCACAGUUCUUAUCAGAGGUUUUCAGAUUUUUCAGUCAAAUUUUGAAUAGCUUGAAAACUGUGAAUUUUGUUCAUGCUUUUAAUUUUUAUCUGUUUCACCAGCAUUAAAUUUCCUACGAUUAAAAAAAAACACAUAACCUCACAAUAGGAGAGCGCUGACGCAGAAUCGGAACAGUAGAAAUCUAGAAAUACCUCAGCCUUUCUGAAGGAGAAAAAAUACAAGGAGGCCAUAGAGGCGUCCUACAAUUGCAGGAACAAGUGAUGAUAUCGGAAUUCACGCUGGGAAAACGGUACCGAUCGUGAAAGGUGGUGAAGCGACGGUAAUGGAAGAGAACGAGUUUUAUGCUAUAGAAACUUUCGGUUCUACUGGUAAAGGUGUUGUCCACGACGAUAUGGAGUGCUCUCAUUAUAUGCAGAAUUUCGAUGCGCAAUAUGUACCUUUGAGGCUCCAAUCUUCCAAAAACCUCUUGAACAUCAUAAAGAAGAACUUCGGUACGUUGGCGUUUUGCAAACGUUGGCUGGACAGAGCUGGCGCUACGAGAUAUCAGAUGGCCUUGAAGGAUCUUUGUGAUAAGGGGAUCGUGGACGAUUAUCCGCCUUUGUGCGAUAUCAAGGGUUGUUACACUGCGCAAUUCGAACACACCAUAAUGUUGCGCCCAACUUGCAAGGAAAUUGUUUCGAGAGGGGAGGAUUACUAGUCAUCGCCAAGAAAGCAGAAGAUUCCGGAGGCAGGAAAAACGAAUAUAUUGUUUUCAUCUUGUAAUUGAAUUACUAAUGUUUGUUGCUUUAUUAUAUUACGCUACGAUGGUUGUAUUGGUUCAAUAAAUUUUCGUUUUCAUUGAUUUUGA